AUGGGCAUCCUUGGAAUUGGCGUCGAUAUCCUCCAUGUGCCUCGCAUAGCUCGCCUCAUAGAUGGCAAGACAGCCAGUCGGUUUGCACGCCGGGUUUUGAGCGAGAAGGAACUUCUAGCUUGGAAUGCCAUCCCGCUGGCUGAUCACGCCAGACGAGCGAGGUACCUUGCCGUGCGCUGGAGCAUCAAGGAAGCUGCCUACAAGGCAGUCUUCCCUCUGCGGCCCACAUGGAAGAACUUCACAUACCACUCUCUGUCCGCAGACGGCCAGCGGAAACCUUGGCUGGAGUACCACUCAGAUGCGCCUGGGCGUGAUCUGGGGAAGAUACACGCGUCUGUCAGCCACGAUGGCGACUAUGUAUUCACAACAGUCCUAGCCGAAGCCCCUUAG